AUGAAAUCGGUACUAUCCAUACAAUCUCACGUUGUACAUGGCUAUGCUGGUGGGAAAGCCGCGAUUUUUCCAUUACAAUCACAAGGAUGGGAAGUAGAUAACAUCAACACCGUGCAUUUUUCAAACCAUACGGGGUACGGUCAUUUCACAGGAACAACAUUGUCGGAAAAAGAACUCAACUCGAUUUUCGACCAGCUAGUAAACAAAUUACGUCUAAGCUAUACAGCAGUUCUUACUGGAUAUAUACCAAAUGCCAAAUUGAUUGAUUGCAUAAGUCGGUAUAUACAAGAAAUGAAAAAGAAUAACCCAAAGUUAAUAUACUUGUUUGAUCCCGUAAUGGGCGAUGACGGAUUUAUCUACGUUGACAAAUCUUGCGUGCUAGAGUAUAGGAAUUUGAUAAGUUUAGGAAUUGUUGAUUUGAUCACUCCGAAUCAAUUUGAAUUGCAAUUAUUGACAAAUGAAGAGAUAAAUGAUCGAGGGAGUUUAUACAGGGCUAUUGACAAGUUACAUAGUGGGUGUCAUAUACCGUAUGUUGUUGUGACCUCGGUAGAUGGUGGUGUUUUGGGCAACAAGGAAAAUGAUGAGAAGUAUAUUUACUGCAUUAUAUCAGCAAAACAACAAACAGCGAUUUUCAAGAUUGUCAAAAUCGAAUCGUACUUCACUGGAGUAGGAGAUUUAUUUUCCGCAUUACUCUUGGAUAAAUUCGUUGGCAAUGGAGAAAUAGCCAAUGAGUUUGAACGAUUGAGUCGGUCCGUAAAUCAAGUAUUGACAAUCGUGGCAAAGACCUUAAAGUUGACACACGAGUUGGGGAAACAACAGGCGCAAGCAGUUUGUGAAGACAAAAAGCUAAAUGGAUGUAACAAACAACUGGAAAUUGUGAGUAAAAUGAACGAUGCAGAGACUAUGAAAUUUUUUGAGUUAAAGAUCAUCCAAGCUAGGGACUUUUAUAGUUACGAUGGUAUGGGAGAAUUUUGCGUAUUUGACCAGUUGAAAUAA